AUGAAGGUUCUACACACUGUCCGUGAGGUCGUCGAAUGGCGCACCAAGAACAUCGACCCCAGAACGCAUAAAAGCGGCUUCGUUCCGACGAUGGGGUGCCUACACGAGGGCCACCUCACCUUGAUGAGAGCAGCUAAGAGAGAGAAUGACUUUGCAAUUGCAAGCAUCUUCGUGAACCCCUCACAAUUUGCGCCCACAGAGGACCUCGACAAGUACCCGCGCACGCUUGAUGAUGACAUCAAGCUGCUGGAAGCAGAGGGCGUAGACGUCUGCUUCGCGCCCAACGCCCGCGAAAUGUACCCGCAGGGCAUCCCGCUGCAGGUCGAGGAGCAGCGCGGACCAUUUGUAACAGUUUUGGGUGUCAGCGAGCAGCUGGAGGGCCGCACAAGACCCAAUUUUUUCCGCGGCGUCGCCACGGUGGUCACCAAGCUCUUGAACAUAGUCGCGCCGACCCGCGCAUACUUUGGCCAGAAGGAUUUCCAGCAGUUCACAGUGUUGCAGGUCAUGGCACGUGAGCUCUUCAUGAACACGGAGCUGCGCAUGAUGCCCAUUGUGCGCGACGAUGCUGGCCUGGCCCUCAGCAGCAGAAACCGCUACCUUUGUGGAGAGACGCUCGGCCGCGCCCGCAGCAUCUACAAAGGCCUAAGCGCAGCUGCUGCAUUGCUCGAGCAAGCCGACGCCUCGGGCGCAGAACGCACGGCCCUGCUGGAGCGCGUGCACGCGCACUGGGCUCCGUACGAGAACUCCGGCGAGUUCAAGGUGGACUACGUUUCCAUCGCCGACGCUGCGACGCUCCAGGAGCUAGAGCCUAGAGUGUCCAGGGACAGAGACGUCGUGAUCAGCUGCGCUGUCUACGUAACGGACGCGGAACACCCAGCCACCGUCGUUCGUCUUAUCGAUAACAUUUUAGUUCACGCUGUCCGAAGCUCCAACUAA